CACCGUCUGUUGAGAAGAAAAUAGGCCUAAAAGGCAAAAAUGAACUAUUGAACACACUAUCUUGUAUCUAUCUAUCGAUUUAGCCAAAACAACUCGAAAUCCAUUCAAGACGUUUGACGCGCAGGAACGUGCGCACAUAAAAGGCUAUAAGGAAACCACAUUUCAUUUCAGAAUUGGUUAAAAUUAUGUUAGGAUCAGGGUUUAGAUAAGGACGCCAAACGACAGAAGAAGGCAGAAGAACUUCUAUUGACUGAAGCAAGUUUUAGGACAAAUGCCUUCAGAAUCAUCAAUAUAAUGAUUGAACUAUGCGGAGAGAACCCUGGCUGUAAGGUGCAUGUGGAUGAGGUAUGUAUGCAUUUGAAGGUGUCAUUGGAUAGUUUAUCUUCUUUUCCUGCAUAAAACGACCUCAAAAAAUAUGAAUAAAUGGAUGGAUGGAUGGAUGGAGUCAUCCAGAAAUUAGGGUUAUGCAUCCAAAGAGACAAUCAUUUAAUUUGUACUUCUCAUAGCAAACCUGUGUUUGUCUCUAAGAUUCUCCACAGCAUCUUCUUCUUAGGUUUAUUUCGUAAACCCCAAAAAUGCACCCCCCACGAUAUCCUUGGUGAAUUUAUGCCUGCAGUGAAGGAGAUUUUCUCGGGACCAUUUGAGAAUUACACAAGUAAACUGCCAAAACGGACUCCGUUCUCCUCUGUGCUGGAUAUGGUGGUCUCCUUGCUUGGACCAGACAUAGAGAUCAAUAUACUGGUGGAGAGACUGCAGGAAAUCGCCAAUCGCAUGUCAGAACCCAAUAGUAAAUACAAGUUCAACUCCUCAACCAUCUGUGUCUCUCAAAGGAAUGAUGUUCAAAGAAGUUACUAUGGAGCGUCCAUGUCCUGCAAUGGGAAGCAAGAAGGACAGAUCAUGGUUGCUGUGUCCUGUCUGAGUACCUGGCACUGCGGUGUAUCCAAUGCCGUGAUGACAUACAAGCCAGAUAAGAACAAGAGAAAGAACUUUGAUGGCACCAUGAAACUACAAGAGUAUGUAAAGUGCCAGGCUUCCAAUGUGAAGAGUGGGGAGGAGAUGUCUCCUUGCAGGUCCUGUGGUCAUCUUUUUGGUCUGGAGAAACCAAGCAAUCAGAUGUGGCCCUAUGGGAACUGCGCAGAGGCAGAGAGCUUGAGCAAACUGCUCUAUGGAGAGGAAGAGAUUGUUAAGAAUGUAGUACCAUCAGUUGAUUGCAAAAUGCGAGAGCAAGUGGUGAACGAGGUAAAGGCUCACCUGGAAGAGAUGCUCAAAGAGUCAGAAUUUCAAUGGGAUUCUUCCUAUUACAUUCCACAGUAGAUUGUCAGAGAAACGCAUGUGCGCACACGAACACACACACUAAGUUUACAGAUAUACAGAUGCACAUUCCUACUGUGACACACAGAUCCAAAACAUGAAACAUAUAAUUAUAGCUUGUUGCGGAGCUAGCAACAUGUGAUUUGUGGCUGACAGCUAGCAUUGAAACAUUGCCAAAGCAGUGAACCACUCUGUGCAUGUAGUAUACAGUAUAACUGCUAGGCUACAGCUAUCGGCUCUUAUCAAUGACAUCUGUGAGGUAGAUGGUUAUUUUAGAAGGGACCGUUGUUUAGAGUACCUCAUGGAGAUACCUGAAAUUGAAUUUAAUAUUCUAGUCUAGACAAAGCAUUUAACAUAUAUAUAUUUUUUAAGAUUAUUUUAAUUGGCAUUUUAAACUUUAUUUCUGUAUACUCUAGUUAUUAAUGUACAUUUUACUCAUCUGUAACAAAUUACUAAUACUGUAAACGUUGGUGUGAAUUCAUGUCUGGGUUGAUUUCUAGCUAUGUGAGGAAUUCAUCUAAUAAAGGAACUUACAUUGUAACCAUUGUAA